AAUAAACAAGGACAAUCCUCCUCAACUGAAUAAAGCUGAUGAAACGCAUCAUAAUAUUACAACAAUACAGAAUGUUGCACAGAAAGGAACUCGAAGAACAGGAGACAAACUGUGUAAAGAGAGUUUGAAAAGAGAUGGACGCCCUACGGAUCGCUCGAGGAUUCACAGUGAGGAGAAGCCCACGUGUCAUCACUGUGGGAAAAGUUUUGCCAGAAAAUCAAACCUCACAAUGCACAUAAAAAUUCACACUGGAGAGAAACCAUUCGCUUGCCAUCAGUGUGAAAAAACUUUCCUAACUACAAAAGAACUUAAGAUACACAUGAGAACUCAUACUGGCGAGAAACCAUACACUUGUCUUGAGUGUGGAAAAAGUUUUACCCAAUUAUCACACUUAAAGAGACAUAGGAAAAUCCACACUGGAGAGAAACCAUACACUUGUCAGGAGUGUGGAAAAAGUUUUACCCAAUUAUCAGUGUUAAAGUCACAUGCGAAAAUCCACACUGGAGAGAAACCAUACACUUGUCUGGAGUGUGGAAAAAGUUUUACCCAAUUAUCAGUGUUAAAGGCACAUGCGAAAAUCCACACUGGAGAGAAACCAAACACUUGUCAGGAGUGUGGAAAAUGUUUUACCCAAACAUCACACUUAAAAUAUCAUAUGAAAAUCCACACUGGAGAGAAACCAUUCACGUGUGAUCUGUGUGGAAGGAGUUUUUCAUGUCUACGCAACCUUAACAUACACACGUUAAUUCACACUGGAGAGAAACCUUUUACAUGUCAUCUGUGUGAAAGGAGUUUUACAACUAAAGGCACUCUUAAGUCACACAUGAGAAUCCACACUGGAGACAAACCUUUCGUGUGUCAUCUGUGUGGAAAGAGUUUUUCACAACUAACUAACCUUAAGAUUCACGCAAGAGUUCACACCGGAGAGAAACCUUUUACAUGCAGUCAAUGUAAAAAAAGUUUCAGAAGUAAAAGCAAAUUUACAGCACACAUGAAAAUUCACAGUAAAGAGAAACCUUUCGCUUGUCUUCAGUGUGAAGAGUGUUUCAGAGAUGCAAGUCAACUUAAGACACACAUGACAAAUCACACUGGAGAGAAACCAUUUGCAUGUCAUCUGUGUGAAAGGAGUUUUACAACUACAGGCACUCUUAAGUCACACAUGAGAAUCCACACUGGAGAGAAACCUUUCGUGUGUCAUCUGUGUGGAAAGAGUUUUUCACAACUAACUAACCUUAAGAUUCACGCAAGAGUUCACACCGGAGAGAAACCGUUUACAUGCACUCAGUGUAACAAGUGUUUCAGUAUUAAACGCAACCUUACAGCACACAUGAAAAUUCACAGAGAUGAGAAACCUUUCGCUUGUCUUCAGUGUGAAAAGUGUUUCAGAGAUGAAAGUCAACUUAAGACACACAUGACCAUUCACACUGGAGAGAAACCAUUCGUAUGUCUCCAGUGUGGAAAGAGUUUUACAAGUAAAAGCGCUCUUCGGAUACACAUGACAGUUCACACAGGAGUGAAACCAUUCGUGUGUCAUUUGUGUGGAACGAGUUUUUCAUAUCUAUCCAGCCUUAAGAAUCAUGCAAGAGUUCACACCGGAGAGAAACCUUUUACAUGUAGUCAAUGUGAAAAAAGUUUUAGAAGUAAAACCGAACUUACAGCACACAUGAAAACUCACAGUAAAGAGAAACCUUUCGCUUGUCUUCAGUGUGAAAAGUGUUUCAGAAAUAAAAGUCAUCUUAAGACACACAUGAGAACUCACACUGAGAGAAACCAUUCAGAUGCUAUUAUUGAGUUUCAAAAAUAAAAAUUCGCCCUAAUGCACGCGUGAGAAUUCAUUCUGGAAAGAAACCGUUCCCAUCUGUGGAGUAAUGGUAUACACAUGAGUGGACUUUCUGUUGUAACGUCUCCAUUGCGAUUUAUACGUUUGCAUAGGACCUACGUUGUAGGCUAUAUGUUGCAGUUUUCGUUUAAACUUCUGCGUCAUUGUUCGCCUC